AUGGUACGGCCCCCACAGAGCCCUGAUCUCAACAUCAUCGAGUGUGUCUGCGAUUACAUGAAGAGACAGAAAGGAAAACACACCAGCACCACAGUGAACCUUGUUCUUUUGGGAAUGGCCGGUGCUGGAAAGAGUGCCAGUGGAAACACCAUCCUUGGAAAGAAAGUCUUCAUGUCUAAACCCAGUUCAAAGCCGGUCACCAGAGAGUGUCAGGUGGAAGAAACAAACAUAUAUGGCAUACACCUUCGUGUGAUUGAUACUCCAGACAUAUUUGAUGAGGAGCUCGAAUCAUCAGAUAAAGAGAAACGUGUAAAAAGCUGCAAAGAGCUCUGUGAGUCAGAAACCUGUGUGUAUGUACUUGUGAUACAUGUGAGCAGAUUUACAGAUGGUGAGAGAGACAUACUGAAAAAGUUAGAAAAAGCUUUUGGGAACAACGUUAGUGAACAAACAGUCAUCGUGUUCACCAAAGGAGGCGACCUGCAGCAGGCAGAAAUGAGCCUGGAGGAUUUUUUGAAUUCCUGCCAACCUAAGCUGAAGGAAAUAAUUGAAAAAUGUGGCAACAGGUGUGUUGUUUUUGAGAACAGCAAAUCAGAUUCAGAUCAAGUGAAAAAAUUGAUUGACGUGAUCAGAAUGUUAGAAAAUAUGCAGAAAUGA